CUUGCGCUGCAGAGGAUCAAACAGGUGGUGUUUCCCCGGUAUGUUUUGGACGUACCGAAUAAAACUACAAUGACUCUGUUAACAUCAGCCUGUCUCUGCUUAACUCUGCUGUUUGUCUGUGUCGUGGAUUUGGCCUCGUCAGACCAGAAAAACAUCACAGCUGAGUCUGGACAGGAUGUAGUUCUACCAUGUCGAGUACCAUCAAACAAAACCAUCAGAGCUGUGAAGUGGAGCAGAGCUGACCUGGGAGAUAAAUAUGUGCUUUUUUACAGAGAUGAACAAUUUGAUCCAGUUAAACAGCAUCCAUCUUUUAAGAACCGGGUGGAUCUGCAGGACAGACAGAUGAAGGAUGGAGACGUGUCUUUGAUUCUGAAGGAUGUGACGACUGAUGAUGGUGGAUCAUACAAUUGUAAUAUCUUCAACAAAGAGACAAAAUCAUGGGAGACCAUCAACACCGUCAGCCUGACUGUUUCAGGUCAGACAGGAGAAACAAACAGGACGGACCUGUUGGACUGAUUGCUGGUCUGUCAGUUUCUGCUGUUCUUCUUGUUGCUGUUGUUGGAUUUUUGAUCUACAGAAAACAUAAACAAUCACAGAGUCAGGAUUCAUACCAGCCUCCUGCUGAAACGCAGCCUGUUUGAAACGUCUCAGUUUGUUUUUAUACAGCUGAACUCCUGCUGAUCCAGACUCUCAGUACUGUUAUUGUUACACGUGGAACAUUUAAGACUUCAUAAUUCAAACAAAGAAAAGUUACAUAUCUGAGAAUAAGAUCAGUGAUAUUCAACAACAAAAACCAUUUUAUGUGACAAACAUGUUUCUGUCUCUGAUGUCGACAGAAAUAAGUUUGUUCACAGUGAUGGAUUCAGCGUCGUCUCUGUCACAAUAUCAGAAUCAGUGAGUUUGUGUCAUCUUCAGGUUCAGCUGUUUGUGAGGUCAGACUCAGACUGAUCCUCGUGUUUAGAUGUUACACAAUAAUUACAGACACUGACUGACAACACAAACACAACACAAAGUGCUCAGGGUCCAUUUAUCAGCUAGAACUGAGUGACUGAAUAAUCUGAUAUUAUUAUGAAACCAAAGAGAAAUGUGUUACAUGGAGCUGCAGAGUCACAUGUUUCCUCUGAUCUAUGAAGCCUUAACUUGUUCCUCCAUGAAGGAAACUCUUCAGUUUAAACACGUCAAGAUUAUUUAUUAUUGAUUUUUAUAUGAUUGCUUGUUUAUCGAUAAAGUUUUACACGUGUUGCUCUUGAAUGUUUGUCUUUGCUUCCUGUCGCUGUAAAUGUUUUUCUGACCUGCUGUUUGAGUGUGAGCAGAUUUGAUCUCACCUUGAGUGUAACAAUGUGAAUAUUUAUACAUUUAACCUGAUGUUAUUACAUCCUGUGAUCUGUGGAAGCUCAGUAGCCCCUCUCAGAAGUAGGAGAUAAAUAACAGAGCUAUUCAUGGGAUAUCAGUAUAAGCAUGUUACAGACUGUAUACAGUUUUGUGUAUUAACUUCUUUGUGCCUACCAUGUGAAACAAGCAUGUUAAAUAAGAACAUUGUUAAAUUAUUGGAAUGUUAAAGAGUUACAAGCUGAAGCUGUUCUUUUGUACUGUGAAGUGAUAAACCAGAUGUAUUUCA